UUGAUCUCAGUCGGAGUGUGUCACUGCUCUGUAAUCUCAGCAUGGAGGAGAACUACAUCAGGCAUGUGGAGCUGCUGGGCUACGAGAAACGACUCUACCCGAGUCAGCACUAUGUUUACAUGCUGAUGUUGAAAUGGAGUGACCUCUCAGAAAAACUGAUCUACAGGACAUAUCCUGAGAUCCACACCUUCCAUAAGUCGCUGAAGGAGAUGUUUCCCAUUGAGGCUGGUCAGAUAGAAAAGAAAGACAGAAUUAUCCCUUCAUUACCAGCGCCACGGUGGGUGGAAAGUGACAAGUCAAGGGAAACCAAGAAGACCACCUUGGCAGAGUACUGUCUGUCUCUGAUCAGCCUGCCACCUCACAUCUCACGCUGUAAACACCUUACCAAUUUCUUCAAAGUCCGUCCUGAAGAUGAAAACCCACCAGCGCCAAACAUACUGAAAAGAAAUGAGACGUUUGUUGUGUCCAGAGAGCUGGCCAGAGGGAAUGCAUCUGAGAUUUCUGGCCCGAUCAUCAUGGACACAUACAGGGUGGUGGCAGACUUCACCAAAACAUCCAAACAUGAGAUCAGUCUGUGCACUGGUGACCUGGUGGAGAUUGUGGAGAAAAAUCAGAACGGCUGGUGGUUCUGCCAGUUUGAGUCUAAAAACGGGUGGAUCCCAGCAUCCUACCUGGAGCCUCUGGACGGACCGGAGGAGGCCGAGGAGGGUCAGCCAGACUACGAAGGAGAGCUUUACAUUACCAACAGAGCCUACAAGGCGGAGCAGGAGGAUGAAAUUACUCUGGAGAUGGGGGAGUCCGUUGAGGUCAUCCACAAGCUGUUGGACGGCUGGUGGGUCGUAAGAAAAGGUGACGAGACGGGUCAUUUCCCCUCAAUGUUCCUGCAGAAGGCUGGCAAGAAGGCAACACUAGAGAGGAUUAACCCACUGGUGCAGAAAGUACCACCUCGCAGGUCCACCAUCCGAAAUGCCAAGAGCAUCCACAGCAGGCCUCGUCAGAAGAUCAGCCAGGAAGCGUACCGCAGGAACAGUCGCCGCUACCUCCAGCAGAAGAGUGGCCGCCGUUUGGAGCCCAAGCAGAACUCCAAGACGAUGGCAAAGUCACCACUGAGCGAGAGGAAGAACCAAGACAACAUUCCUGAAGAAUCCAGUUCCAGUUCAGAGAGUGAAAUGAAGAAGAAGGCUCCGCUGGUCCCUCCUCGGCCCAGCCCGGAGCUCAUCCUGGAGCGCUGCACCAAUAAAACCCGCAAGAGAGUCAGCAUCACUCCAGCCGAGCCUGACUCCAACACCACGGAAAACAAGGAUAAAAAUGAGUUUUAGGGAAACAAAUGGUUGUUUCUGAUGCAAA